AUGCCUGGCAAGACCACCCCCGCUCCCCGCAUCACCAAGUUCACCAACUGCCGCUUGGUACGCGGGUCGAGCCUCGUCGAACAAGAUCUCUGGAUCGACUCUCUCACCGGCAAAAUCCUCAAAGACCAAGAGGCCUUCUACGAAUUACAUCUUUCCCCCGAUGAAAUCAUCGAUCUCGGUGGUCGCAUUCUGGCCCCGGGUCUCAUCGAUGUUCAGUUGAAUGGUGCCCAGGGCUUCGACUUCUCUGUCCCCUGUGAUACCAAGGAGGAGUAUGAUGAAGGUCUGCGAAUGGUUAACCGCGGCCUCGCACGCACUGGUGUCACCUCUUACUUGCCUACCCUCGUUAGCUCAACCGCCGAGGUUUAUCACAAGGUUAGUUUACAUUUACUUCCACCCUUUCAAUACAUCCCGAGAACCUCUACACAGGAACUCUCUCUCUCGUCCCAAAGCAGAGCAAAGCAGAGCAAAGCUAACCACCCCAUCCAGGUCCUACCCUCCCUCGGCCCAACAGCAUCAACCCACCAACCCACCGACGGCGCCGAAUCCCUCGGCGCCCACGCCGAAGGCCCCUUCAUAAGCCCCGGCCGAAACGGCAUCCACAAAUCCGAAGUCCUCCGCGCAGCCCAAACCUUCGAAGACUUAAUCACCUGCUACGGAAAGGACAACCUGGACUCCACCAGUCCAAUCAAAAUGAUAACCGCCGCACCAGAAGUAGGCAACAUGAUGUCCCAAAUUCCCGAAAUCGCAAAGCGAGACAUAAUCUACGCAAUCGGCCACUCAGACGCAACAUACGAACAGGCCGUAGCCGCCACCCACCAAGGCGCAACAAUGAUAACCCACCUCUUCAACGCGAUGCGACCCUUCUACCACCGCAACCCGGGUAUCUUUGGUCUAUUGGGUCAGUCCGAGCGUCGUCGUCCUUAUUAUGGCGUUAUUGCGGAUGGGAUUCAUUUACAUCCUACUUCGAUUAAGAUCGCCUACAAUGCGCACCCGGAGGGACUGGUUCUUGUCACUGAUGCGAUGCGUCUGUGUGGCCUUCCGGAUGGUGUCUAUGAAUGGACGAAUGGCGAGCGAAUCGUUAAGACUGGUGCCAGGCUGACGCUCGAGGGCUCGGAUAAGAUUGCUGGUAGUUCUGCGACUUUGAUUGAGUGCGUUAAUAAUUUCCGACGGUGGUCGGGUGCGUCGACGGCGCAGGCGAUUAAUGCUGCUACUGCAGUUCCCGCGAAGUUGUUGGGGAUGCAGGGGGUUAAGGGGUCUUUGGAUGCGGGGGCGGAUGCGGAUUUGGUUGUUCUGGGUGAGAAUGAUGAUCCGUAUUCUGGGGCUACUUUGACGGUUGAUCAGGUUUGGAAGUUUGGGGCUAAGAUUUUUGAUUCGGAUGUUAAGGGUGGUGCUGCUGUUGCUGUUUAA